AUGGACAAAAGAGAUAUUCGAGAUGGUACAAUCUGUUUUGAAAAGGCAUCCUUAAUAUCUGUAUUAAAUACUCAAGAUAUGGUGUCCUUUACAAUUUAUGCAGUGAUAAAAUAUCGAUGCAAAGGGAAUGGAUGGCGUGUAGCCCACUGUCUAUCGAAUAAUGAUUUCAGAUGCUCAUGUAUUAGAAUGGAAUCUACUGGGAUUCCCUGUGAGCACAUUGUUGUCGUGAUGGUUUAUAUUGAUAUUGUUGAAUUUCUUAAGACUCUUGUGUUGAAUUGUUGGUCAUUAUUUGCGAAGGAGUCUAUUAGUGGAAGUUAUCAAGAUGGUUCACACUAUUGGGAUUCACAUUUGGUUGCUAGACAGGCUAAUUUGGUGAAUCUUAGUAAGGAGGUUGUUGACUUAUCAUAUAUGGAUGUUGAUGAUUACAAACUCUUUUUAGAAUAUCUGCCUACUAAACAUAGUAGGAUUAAAUCGAAAUACGACAAUGAAGAUGUUCCAGAAAACGUACAUGUUGUAGAGGAGUUGGAAAAUAUACUUAACCCUUCAUGUUCAAAAAGAAAGGGUUGUGAACUAGGUACAGUUGGUACAUCGGGGAGACGUAGGCAGACACAAACAUGUAGUAUAUAUGGUGCAGCUGGUCACAACAGAAGAUGUAGUCCUACUCUUGGAGCAGAUGGAGAGGCUCCUCUAAAUACUUCUUUACAAUCACCAUAUGUACGCUUAAGCAAUGUCUUAGGAUUUUCAGAUUGA